CGUCGAAUCAGAUCUAAAAAUGCUGCGUUCAAUGUCCCACUCAUUCCUAUCAUUCUUCUAGUGAAAUCUACAACACCACUCCCUUGUAUUUUUGACCAGUGACUCCACUCUAGAGGCUGUUUAUUUUGCUGCGGGCGGCUGCGGACAGCAGUGGACAAACCUGCGGGGAGCAUUUAAUUAACGGCGCUUCUCUACCGGAAGUACACCUGGCAGGCGCCCUACUUUUAAAAAGACACUACUUUUAAAAAAGUACGCGUACUUCUCCGCUUCAAUGACGACGUUCGCUCAAUGCACAUGUCGCCAAAUAUGAUGGAACUUAGGAGAGAGAAGACGUCAUUAUAGUCAUUAUUUGUCGUCUUAAAGGAGAGAGACGAGGAUUAGCUCGGUUAUGGUGUGACGAACAACACUGAGCUGCUCGCCGGCGAUCACAACAUCCGCAGGGUUAUCGUCGGGGAGCCAGCUGUCUAUCUGCCUGCUGCACUUGCACACUAUCGUCCAAUUUAAGCCAAGUGGAUUUCCUCCGAACAGAUGCUUCUUUCUGGAUACUUUAGAGAAGUUUUCUCUUUGCACUCCCGACACUACCUCAACAGCCGGUCUGCGGGCCCCGUAACCAUGACGACAGGAGGGUGCUGUCACCAAUUGCCCGGCUCGCCGUGCGACUGUGCAAACAGCGCAGAGGCUUGGAAGAGUUUGGAGGAAGGAGGCGGGUGCCCAACACGCUGCGCCAGUCAGGUCACGGCCGUAGACGGAGUGCUGCUCUCCUCCGUGCUCAAACCCACGCAAAGCGAUGGUCCCAUGUGUCGAAUAUGUCACGACGGAGGCUGCGGCGAGAACCUCCUGUCCCCGUGCGGCUGCACCGGCACCCUGGGCAUGGUCCACAAGAGCUGCUUGGAGCAGUGGCUGUCGUCUUCCAACACCAGCUACUGUGAGCUCUGCCACACCAAGUUCAGCAUCGAACGCCAGCUCAGGUCCUUCAAAGAGUGGCUGGAGGACCCCGGCUCCAGCAACGACAAGAGGAUGCUGUGUUGCGACACCUUGUGCUUCCUGUUCGUCACGCCGCUCGCCGCCAUUUCCGGCUGGUUGUGCCUGCAGGGAGCGCAGGACCAUCUUAAUUCGGGCAGUUGGCUACAGGCUCUGGGUCUGAUAAUGCUCACCAUUGUCCUCUUCACCAUCUACAUGCUCUGGAUCCUGGUGUCUCUGCGCUACCACUAUCAACUCUACUUCGAGUGGAGGCGAAAAGACCAGAAAGUGUCCCUGAUCUUUCCCGAUGCUCAGGAGUGCGUCUCUACCCAGCAUGCCUUGCUCCCCACCACAUCCUCAAAGAUGUCUGCUGAUGAGAGUUUAGUAUGAGAAGAAGACUGAGCACUGCUGGAAAUAUGACAUCCACAGGCUCUCAAAGUGAACUUUUCCACGAAGUCACAAGCUUUGUCAUCAUGGAUGGGAAAGACGCUGACAUAUUGCUACAUCCAUGCAGCACAAGCACUUUUUUUUUUUUUUUUUUUUUUUUUUUAAAAAGCAAUGCUUGAAGCUUUUUAUAAAAACUUAGAAGAUAGUGUUUCCUGUUUUUACACAGUGACUCCCUAAAAAGCAGCUGCGUGCCUUCACAUAAAGGUGACGCUGAAGGGCGGCGCCUAUGAUGUCAUCACUGUGUUGAGUCAUCUCUCACACCCACAGUCAGAACACAAUCUUUUAUAGACAUUUACAAAAAGGAAAUAAUUGUGGGUUGUUCUUUUGGUUCACUUCAUUUAAAAGGUGAUUAGUGUCCCUGCGGCUCAAAGUAAAAGCACUAUUCUAUGAAA